AUGGCGUCGUUUGAUUCGGACGCUCCAAUGAAACAGUGCAUCACGGUUAUAGAUAAGAAAGUUAGGAAUUUGGAAAAGAGGAAGCAAAAGUUAGAUUUGUAUAGAAGCAAAGAAAAGGAAGGUGGCAUACUUGAUAAAGAUCAGCAGGAAGCAAUCUCCAAAUAUGAUUGCGUUGUUCAGAAUUUGGAAUUCUCAAAAGAUAUACAGAAACAGUUCCAAGCUAUCAGCGCUGACAGUGAGAAAGUGCUUCGUAAGCAGGCCAAGAGAGACAAGAUCGAACGGCAGAAUCAAGAGAUCAGUAGGUUCAAGGAGAUUCUGAAGUUACAAAAGGUUCUCAGUCAUGUAGAUAGUGAGUUAAUGAAGCCUGAUUUCAAAUCAGGCAGGUUGUACAAACAUCUGGUGAACAUCAGUACGAACAACGAUGAACAGCAGUUGAAGAUGGUUCGUGAGUUCAAGCAACUCAUUGAGUCUUCUAAGACGGCUGGAACAAGCUAUGCCUGCCAAAUGCAAGCUGCAGCAGAACACUUGUUCCUAUAUUUAGAAAAGUCGGAGAAACCCGUCGUAGAAUCUCUGACCUACAAGGAUGUUUCCCAGUUGGUCGAUGGCAUCUUCGAAAGUGCUUACUUUGAUAGCGAAGAUGAUGUCGACAACAGUGGCGACGGCUGUGGUGUUGGGGAUGUGACUUGUAAGGAGGAACAUUGCAAAGUCGACAGCAAUGGAGACGUUGUCACUUCCAAUGAGCAGCACCAGCCUUUAGACCUUCAGCAACAACAACAGCAGCCACAGCAACAACAACAUUUUGAACCAACGACGGCAGCUUCACUAACGUCAGCGGCGACAGCAGCAACAACAACAACAACUGUGGCACUGACUUCUCAAGUUGGCAGCGCUGUCAUCGUUGAUGCUGCAGUAGUUUCUAUGUCGUCGUCGACCACGAAUCAGUCAGGCAAUAAUGAGAAUGUGGAGGGUGUCAUCGUUGGAAGCCGUGAUGCUGAAGGUGUGGCUGGGACAGCUGCCGCUGCCACAGAUGGAAAACAGAGCAAUGAUCCACAUGGUACUCACCACCACCAUCACGCUCCUCAUCACCCCCAUCACCACCUCGCUCACCAACAAGCUUCCCACCUCCCUCAUCAUCAACAACAACAAUUUGUUGAUGUGGCUAAUGGCAGUAACGCUCAACAGCCACCACAACAGCCACAACCACAAGGUGGAGCCAUGAUGUGGUCGAGGCAGCAACUUGAACAGCAACAGCUAGCCAGUCAGCCUAUGAUGAGCAGCAAUACUAGCCAAUCAGCAGCUGCCCCAGCGAUGCCCACGGUGCCCGCCAGCAACCGCAUGCCAAUUUCGUACUUUGGAUCUGGGGGGUUCGGGAACGGUCGACCGAGGCCACUCCAAGAAAUAGUGUCGGCAGUUCAGGGAAAGUAUAAUUUCUUGCAAGAGUCUUUGAUCGAUAAACACAGUUCGUAUCAACAACAACAACUGAAGCGUGAUGUUGAUGACAAUGAUACAACCGCCAACAUUGGUCAGGAUGAUUACCAUCACCUAUCUUACCAACAGCAACAACAACAUCAACAACAUCUUCAACAACUUUACCAUCAAAGAUUACCCACAUAUGGAGAUAGAACAGUUCAGGGUCUUUUGGACAGUAAGCAACAGCAACCGCCGUCUUCGUCGUCGUCUGUAGUCCCAUCAUCGUCGUCGUCAUCUAUGCCGACAGCCAAUAGCAGUGUAGGAAGUCAUCACAAUGUCCCUCACUCGUCUAUGGCUCCGACUAUUGGCUACCCCUCAUUCCACUUGCCACAUCCCAUUCCUCUGCCCAACCAAUCAGAGAGCGAAUUUUUGCAGCAAGUUGAGAUAUCCAAAUCCCAGUACACGAUGAACCCGCAUGCAAAUAUUUUUCGCUCCGGUUACCAGUCACCACCCUCCCUGUCUUCGUCAGCCAAUCAGAGCGAGGAUCAACAGCAGCCCUCGGACCAAUCACAGCAGCAGCUGGCAUCCGAUAAAGUGAAACCAGACGGAGAUAAAGUUACUACUGCCACGACAGCCGCUUCAACUGCUUCCUCCAUCUCUAACAAAAUUAAUAUUACGACGGCCGCUAAUAAUGCUGCUACUACAAGUACUACACUAGGUAGUAAUGUUGAUAGUGGAAAAAUUGGAGGCGCUAGUAAUGCUGUCAGUGAAGAGAAAAAGUCAUUUGUUCAGCAUGUUGCUGGUACUACAAAUAGUAGUAAUACUAUUAGCAGUAGUGGUAGUACUGCUACUGCGGGCGUUAGUAGUAGUGGCGGUAGUAGUAGUAACACAAGUAGUGGUCUUGCUAGUGGGGAUGGUUCAAGCAGAAUGCUGCAAGGUGAGCAGUUGUUCGGGGGGCCAGUUUAUAGGGGUGGGGGUGGAAAUAGGUACGGCCCGGCUACCCAAGCUUCUGGAGCCAGUGGUGGUGGUAUGAGGCACAACAAUUACUACAACAACAACAUGAACUCCUAAAUGAUGAUGAUGAUGGUGGUGCUAAAAAUGAUGACGAUGAUGAAGAUGAUGUUGAUGAUGACGACGAUGAUAAGUAUCUAGUAAUAAUAAUGAAUAAUGAUAAUGAUAAUAAUAAAUACAAAUAAUAAAUGAUGGUAUAAUAAUAAUAACAAUAAUAAUAACAACAACAGUAAUAAUAGUGAUAUCAUUAUUUCUACCAAUGCUAAUUAUAACUGUAAACUCUUUUCCAUGAUAGUAUCAUUGAUCAUUCACGUUGUUAAUUAUAUUAUUAUCAUUAAUGUUGGCAGGUUAUAAUUAUUAUCAUUACACUGUAUUAUUAUUAUUAUUGUUGUUGUUGUUGUUGUUGUUGUUGUUGUUAAUGUUAUUUUAACAAUUGCUUGUGGUUGGACAUCAUAUGUUUGUUUGGAUAUUUACUGGCAAAAAAAGAUAA